CUGAAGAGAUGCGCAGGCCCCGCCCCUCCCGGGUUUCCCGCCCGUUUCUGAGGCGCCAUGAAGUGCGCUGUGGGGGGGCCUCACUUGCGAGUGUUUGGAAGAGCGAUACAUGCCAUAGCCCGUAUUAGUGAUGAAUUUUGGCUUGACCCGAUUGAAAAAGGGCUUGCUCUAAGAUCAGUGAAUUCUUCUAGGUCAGCAUAUGCAUGCGUCUUCUUUUCAUCUAUGUUUUUUCAACAUUACUGCUGCGUGACUGUGUCUGAGGUGCAUCAGGGAGAGAGACAAUUACACUUUCCUUGUAAAUUAGUAAUGAAGUCUGUUCUUCCCAUAUUCAGAUGUCUAAACACACUAGAGAGGAAUGUAGAGAAGUGCAACAUUUAUACAAAUGUCAAUAAUUGUCAUGUAAUUUUUCAGCUCUUCUGCAAGCAUGGUGUUAUAAAAACCCAUAACCUGACUUUUCAAGAAUGUGACCCCUUACAAGCUGUUUUUGCAAAGCAUAUGUGUCCUAACAUACUGAAAGUCCAGUCAAGGCUGCUGGCUGAUAUCAUGAUUCAUUUUCCAACCUGUCAAGAGGAAGUAACUUUAGCUAUUACUCCAGUGAAAGUGUGCUUUAAGAGUUAUACUGAGGAGGAAAGAGAUUUUUCUAAGGCAAUGCACACUGAGAUACAGCUUCAUCCAGAGGAAUUUGACUACUUUCAAGUUGGAGUAGACUCUGAAGUAACAUUUUGUCUUAAAGAACUGAGGGGACUACUCGCGUUUGCAGAGGCCACUACUGCUCCUGUUUCGAUUCACUUUGAUGUGUCUGGAAAACCAAUUGCUUUCAGCAUUGAAGACAUGAUGGUGGAAGCCACUUUUGUUUUGGCUACAUUAGCAGACAUUGAACACGGGAUCUCUCGGCAAUCUCCGUGCCUUUCACAAAGGCAGAAAAGGUCCACCUUGCCAAAAGCUUUUGCAGAUAAGACUGAAAAUGUCCCAAACAGCUCUGCAGACAAAAAUAGUAAUUCAGAAAGAAUAUCUUCAAAAAAGCUGUGUUGGAACAGAAGUAUGUGCAACUAUGCAGAGUCAUCAGUAGAACUGCCAAAACUUCCGUCAAGGAGAGAAGCAGCAGGUGACAGCACAAUGGUGGAAGCGGUAGUGCCAACAGAUUCUGAUCAUCACAAGCUACAAGCUUUUUAUGAGCCUCAAGAAGAGCAAACUGGGGGAAACAAUUGUGAGCUACUCUUAUUCAUAAGGAAAUGUUAUAUCGCAAGUGGCUGGGAGAUAACUGUAAACAUCAUUAAGGAUCAUUCCCAAAACCCUCAGCAUCAGUUACUGAAAUGCCAGCUGUUCAAAUACUCAUCAUCACUGCUGACAAAUCCAGGCACAUGUAAAUAUUUGUUGGUGAGAAACAAAGUGAAUAUAUGAGGAGGAAAAAAGCAGUGAUUUAGAAAACUCCUGCUACUAGCAAAGUCACUGCUGAAGAACAAGGGCAUGCGGCUGUAUCGAUUUUUACUCUUCUUGUUUAUCUCGCUUUCACCCAGGACACAGACCACACGCAACAACUCAAGACAACCAGAGGCUGGACUGCUAAAUAAGGCUGGUCAAAUCUCAGCUUACUUAUUAGUUCUGCCACAUUUCACAAUAACAUUCAGCAUUUUCUUUUAGUCCCUCCCGCCUUUCUGACCUUGAAUACCCAUGGUAUAAAAUACUAGCUGCUUGAGAUUAAUAGUAUAAGGUAUUGCCCAAGUGCAAUUAUUUACAGCCUUUGACUGAGUGGGUGUGACGGCAGCGUUCAAAUAUCUGAAAGGCUGCCACAGGAAGAUGAAGCAAAACCGUCCUACCCUCAGUGACGAGGAGAACAAGAGGCUGUGACUUUGUGCACUUCCUUGGAUGCCUUAUACCCAAGGGCAUGCAAGGGGUUACAUCCGAGCUGCCAGAACCAAGAUCCAGAGACGCUCAUGGCAAGGGGGAACAUUAGCAAAUAAAACAGCUGAAAAGAUUUAAAAGAAAAUGUGCACGUGUUUAAAAUGAGAAAAUGUUCUGAGAGCAUUUGGUGUUUCAAGGGCCAGGUCCCUUGUACUAGAGCCUCUCCUUCAGCACAAGGAACUGCAAGUUACUGUUCUGCUGUUCUCCCUUGUGUCGAGAGAUCCACGAGCACUCCCCAGAGCUACUGCCAGGUUACAUACUCUCUGCAUGCGUCAGUUGGUUAGAGAGACCGGUUCCUUCCAAUCUGUCUCAAUGCCAGGGACAAGCAGUAAAAUCCAGAGUCUCAGAGGAAAAUCCAGACUGACGGAUGUAGCAGUAGCCAAGCCGACCAAGGUAAGAUGCGGCGAUACUCAAUGCUAUUCAAGUUAAGUACCCCCGGCAGCCUGCACUUCAGCUAAAUGGAGGGGCAGGAGAACCAACUCGCAAAACCAGCAACGGCUGGGUUAGCUGCGUGCAUCUCUCCCUUGUAGGGGUUUGGGUUGUGCAUCUCUCCCUUGUACACACUUUCAAGGCAGAUCCGUCUGUUCCAUUCUAGCUCAGACAUGCGGUAAAGUUAUUGGCUUCUUAAACUGAUGCUAACCUUUCAUCUGCCCUGCUUCAAAUCAGUAACUUUUGAGUAGCAGUCUGCCAGCCAGCCACAGCUUACCUACCAAUUCCCAUGUCAGCAGAUCGAGUGCAGAAGGACUGCCCUGAGCUGGAAACCUUUGGAAGCUGGUCACUAUGAAAGUGCACACCAGGGCACAAGAAGCAGAUGCACAAAGAUGUGCGGCAGGGCACAAGCGUACCUGCAAACUAUAUCUGCACAGGGGAACAUAAUGAAGCCUUCAGCUCAUGCAAUAUUGAACUUCUAAGUCUGUUACUGAAUUAACCAUGAGUCAUUGGUGCCAGAGGACGAAGUGACACAUUUAUGGAAUGAUUUUAUGUUUGGCACAAAAGAAGCGUUAUAUUAAAACUUCAAGAGCAAAAGAAACUGCACCUGAAAUGCAUCACCUACAGUGACGUUGCAUAGGUACUUUUAAAACAGGUGACAGGAAGCAGAGGUAAACUCGUAUUCCAGUUAGCCGAAGUCCUCCAUUCAAAUCCAGAUCCAGUUCUCCAAGUCAGCAGCUAAACUCUGACUUAAUAAGAGCACAGUGGGAUCAUGAUGCAUUACCCAAGCUGUUUUCUGAUCAACCGGACCUUGACAUUUAUAAAGAAAUAACUAUACACAAAGCAUCUCAUAAGGUCAGAUCACAACUUACAGAUUGAACAUAGUCAAUUUGCAUUACACAUUUUAUCAACCAAUAGCACUGGUUUAUGGAACUCAACCAGCUUAAGGCUCGUUUCAUCUUUUCCCCAUCUCGGGUAGAUACACCAAAAGAAGGAACAAGAGGCUAGAGAAAGAAGUGAGGGCUUAAGUAACUACAGAUGCAAGAAAUGGUAUUAAAAGAAGGAAGAGGAAAGCAACAGAGAUGGGAAGAGAACAAGGAAGCUCUAAACAACCACAUUCGUGGAGUGAUGGGACUUCCCUGAAAGCAUCCAGUGUUUAUUUUGGCCAUUUCUAGUACUGGCCUGUAUUUUUCUUCCCUGGCUAGUGCAAAAAGACAGAGUGGGAACCUCACAAACGUUUUCCUCAAAAUGAUGAAACUUGGAAUAGAUUGGAACAUAACAGGAACAUGCUGAAUUCUUGUUACGCUCGAGGCGUUUUGCAAGUUUCCCAGCAUGGCUAACACCACAGGUAUUAAGCAAGACUGAAAACGCCCAUGCUACUAAAGGGUAGGUAGGCUGCUGCUGGUAUUUGUUCCCUGGAAGGGAUCUGUGACAGAAUAGGUCUAACUCACCCAGCACUCAAAGUGCCAAGCUGCACCUGGACACUAAACCAACAAAAAGAACAGAUUAUUGCAAUGCUUCAGCCAGCACAGAGACUGAUUGAUGCUUCCACUAUGGUACUUGGCUUGCAUUCAGUUGGACUUAUUUCCUUCUACAGCUCUCUCACAGGGCAGGGCCUUCCCUCGAGACAGCUUCAGUUAUGCAACUCGGGUUACACCUACUGCCAGCAAGGGAUGUGAACAGCGGGUACAGUUAUAGAUGUCUGGCUGCAAAUGUAAGCCACAAUAAAUGCUUAGCACCAUUACAGGAACCACAGUCAGAAAGAGUGGUCAGGUCGGAGGUUAUCUGCAGCUAAGAGCCAUUAUUUUUUUUCAAAACGCUGAGCAUAAAUGCUCUGACAGAGCGAUUCUACUGACAGCUGCAUUAGCCACCACUGAGAUGGUCUUUUUUUAACUGCAUCUGUAUUCCCCAACAGCCCUGUCAAUAACCUGUGGUUUCCUUACAAAUGACAACACUCAACUGAAUGUCAAGUGCACGUAAUAGGAGCAACACUUGCACAAAGAAAGUGAUGUUACUUUUGUUGGGCUCCCUGCUUCAAGAAAGAUGUGAACAAAUUAGAUGAGUCCAGUCCUGGAUUGCAGCAACGGAAAUUUAGGUCAGAGUUUAAGGAUGAACUUUUGAUGAGGGUGGUUAAGGAUUGGAACAGGCUGCCUAGAGACACUGUGGGCUCUCCAUCCUUAGACAAACACUUGACUGGGAUGGUUUAGUCAAGGACGGUCCUGCCUUUAGCACGGGGUUGAGUUAGAUCGGGGGUUCCCAACCUUUUUAUGCCGAGGACCAGCAAACCGCAGACCAGAGGUGACUGUGGACCAGCAGUGACUAGCACACUGCGCGCAGGCAGGCAACCCUUGUUUAUACUCAGUUGGCUGCCAAUCUGCAGUAUGCUGGUCACUUCUAGUCCGUGGUUUGCUGACCCAUGGUCACUUCCAGUCGGCAGCCAGCCCUCCUGCAGACUCGCAGCCAACCCUUCACAGCCUGGCACCAGGCCACAGCCCAGGGGUUGGAAAUCCCUGGGCUAGAUGAUCUCCUGAGUGUCCUUCCAACACUUCCACAAAGUGUAUCCUUAGCUCAUUCUUCAUGUUUAGAAGUCAGAUCCCUCAUGUUCGGGGACCAGCAACAUUUUUGUUAAUCCAAUGACUAACCUCUCUAGAUUAUAUUAAGUCUCCAUAGUGUUGACCUUUUGUUCCCUAGGGCAAGACAGCACACUGAACUAGGCUGCUCCACUGACAAGUUUUUACAAAUGAUCUCGUUCAUAGAUUCAUAGAUGUUGGGGUCGGAAGGGACCUCAACAGAUCGAGUCCGACCACCUCCCCUGGGCAGGAAAGAGCGCUGGGGUCAGAUGCCCCCAGCCAGAUGCCGAUCCAGCCUUCUCUUAGAGACCCCCAAGGAGGGGAGAGCGCCACCUCCCUUGGAAGCCCGUUCCAAAUGUUGGCCACCCUUACCGUGAAGAAGUUUUUCCUAAUGUCUAGCCUAAAUCUGCUCUUGGUCAGUUUGGGACCAUCAUUCCUUGUUACCCCAAGAGGUGCCUGGUGAACAGAGCAUCUCCAAUCCCUUGCUGCGUCCCCCUAAUGGAUUUGGAGGUGGCCACGAGAUCACCUCUCAGCCUUCUCUGGCAGAGGUUGACGAGGUCCAGGUCCCUCCGCCUCUCCUCAUAGGGCUUGUCCUGUGAGACCCUAACCAUACAAGUGGCCUCCUCUGGACCCUCUCGAGUCUAUCAACAUCCCUCCUGAAGUACAGCACUCAAAACUGGACGCAGUACUCCAACUGCAGUCUGACCAGUGCCGCAUAGAGAGGAAGUAUCACCUCCUUGGCAAUAUCUGUCAGUCAUCUGCUGGUACAUGAUACAGUGCGGUUAGCUUUGCUGAUGAUUUCUUCACACUGACGACUCAUGUUCAUCUUGAAGUCCACUCCGACAUCCAUUUCCGCUGCUGUGCUGCUGAGAGAGUCACUUCCCAGCCAGUCGAUGUGCCAGAUAUUUUUGCACCCUAGGUGCACCACUCUGCACUUGUCCUUGCUGUACUGCAUCCUAUUGUGUCCUGCCCACUUUCCUCACCUGUCCAGGUCUGCCCGCAAUCAUUACUAGACAUGACAUCAAAUAAACACUUGCCUUCCAUGUCCUUCAGAUAUUUAGUUACUCUGACACUAGCACUUCCUGUAGCCAUCUUUUCAGAUCGUCCAUCCUUAGCCAUUUGCAUUUCCCCCUACAAGUCCUUUUCUUACUCAGUGAGACGCUAGCCUGCAUUCCUUGGAGCAUCAGCUUUUUCCUCUCCAAACCAUG